AAACACAUGCAAAUCGUGCGAACAUCUUUUAUCAACAAACAACCUACCCUGCUUUGGUGCGAUUUUCGAGUUCAAAUUUCGAACCAUUAUGGGAACCUACUGGACAAAUUGUGGCCGCAAAAUCAACGCAAGAAUCGUACAAAAAUCUCCGAACGUGCUGAAUUUAUCGAUCGAUAACGUGGAACUCAAUGUUGAGCGAUUGUUGCGGCUAAAGCUUGCGGCAGGAGUAUUAUUCCUUUAUGCAUUGACCAUUCUGAUAAUCGGAAGCGGAAGAAGCAUUCUUUGGUUCCAUGGUGCUUUUGCGAUUUUAUUGCUUCUGAUUGGCUUUAGUUAUACUCGGAUUGUUAAGAAUGAGAAUAUCGUAUUGGUUAAGGAUUUUGCCCUGCAGUAUUCGACUAACUUCAUUGGAGGUUCGACCAAAAACAUCCUCAUUCCCAUUAAACACAUUCACGAUGUGGUGAUAAACGAAGCAUUCCACAAUUUGAAAGUUGUAUUUAUUCUGACGGUUCUAACAAAAGGGAAUCUUUUCAAAAGCAAGCCAGCAAUUACUUUGCUCAAUCAUCUGAACCCACGAGUGGAUUGCUUGGAAAUGAUAUACAAUGAAAUACAUACUAUUUUAGAUAUAGAAAAUGAUUGAAAUAAAUUUAUUAAAAUAUGAAAA